UGAUAAAUUUAUAUUUGAGGAAAGUAACUUCAUUUACGACAAGACCAGUUAUUACUGUGGAACUACAAUUUGGGUUUCUCCGGCAAGGCACAAGCCAAAGCCAAAGCCAAAGCUACAGUCUAUAUUAUCUUGUUCUAUGCCCAUUGUAGAAACCCCAUCUAAGCUCGUGGGGUUUCGAAUUCCAUGAGCUACUAAUCUAAUCAUCAUGCCUUAUUAUUCCUCCAAGUUUCACGGCCACAACGUCACUUCUCAAAGAUCCACUACUUUCCUCAUUCUCUCACUCCUUCUUCUAUGUAUCUCUGCUUUUCUUUUUUACCGUUCAUUUCAGGGAAACCGCUGCAUUCAUUCAAAUCCCAGAUCGGUUAAGGUCGUUUGGGAACAUUCCACCGGUGGAGCUGGUAGCCAUGUGGUUUCCAAUCGGCAUAAGGUUAUGGGUUUUGUAGGUAUUCAGACUGGAUUCGGAUCUGUUCGUAGGAGAGAAUCUUUGAGGAAAACUUGGUUCCCGUCCGAUCACCAAGGCCUUCAACGCUUGGAAGAGGCCACUGGGUUGGCUUUUAGGUUUGUCAUUGGCAGAACAAGUGAUAAAGCAAAAAUGGCUGCACUUAAAAAGGAAGUAGCAGAAUAUGAUGAUUUUAUUCUGUUGGAUAUCCAAGAGGAGUACAGUAAGCUCCCAUACAAAACGUUAGCUUUCUUUAAAGCCGCUUAUUCUCUUUUUGACGCUGAGUUUUAUGUCAAAGCUGAUGAUGAUAUAUAUUUAAGACCUGAUCGUCUCUCAUUACUACUGGCAAAAGAGCGAUCUCACUCUCAGACUUACAUAGGAUGCAUGAAAAAGGGACCUGUUUUCACUGAUCCAAAACUGAAAUGGUUUGAGCCCCUGUCAUAUUUGCUUGGAAAGGAGUACUUUCUUCAUGCUUACGGUCCUAUAUAUGCUCUUUCUACUGAUGUUGUUUCAAGUUUGGUUGCUCUUCGAAAUGACAGUUUCCGGAUGUUCAGCAAUGAGGAUGUUACUAUUGGAGCCUGGAUGCUUGCAAUGAAUGUCAACCAUGAGAAUAAUCAUGAACUUUGUGCUCCAGAAUGUACAGCGACAUCUAUUGCUGUUUGGGAUAUUCCUAAGUGUUCAGGUUUGUGUAGUCCAGAAAAGAAAAUGUUGGAGCUCCAUCAAAAGGAGAGCUGCUGGAAGAGCCCAACGCUGGAAUCUGACGAUGAUUAGUACUUGUGGGUGUCCUUAUUGGGCAAAGUAAAAACAGAAGUUGUUGAGGAAGUUGUCAUUUUAUACCGCCAUUUUUUCGUGUUCAUAAUUUUCCCCAUAUACUUCGAGAGGGUAGUAUUGGACAAUAUGAAGGUUCUAUAAGGAAGGGAUUUAGAUACAAUAUAACGGAUGAGAUCAAGAGAUCAUUGUAGUUUACUAUAGUUUACCAAUUACUGAUUUUUAUAUCAUCCAUUUUUAGAAUUAUACAUAUAUACUUCUUAAAAAUACAUAUAUAUAUAUAUAUUUUUUUUAAAUGCUACCCUCUCGAAUUAUACUGGUCAAUGAUAUACUUCUUAAAAAUGUGUAUUCACUC